GCGCAUUACGGGAAUGGGAGGAUAAACAGGACUGUCUUAUCUGCACGUUAUAUGUGCAGCAGUUCAUCAUUUCAUCACACUUUGCCUGUUGUUGGAGAUUUCAAGUUUAGGCAAGAGUUCCUGAGCGACAAAUACCGUUCAAACGCAGCGUCGAACAGAUGGCACUAUCAGGAUGGAUUUGCGUGGUGACCGGUGCUUCCAGAGGAAUUGGAAGAGGUAUUGCCCUUCAGUUAUCUGAGGCUGGCGCUACCGUGUACAUCACUGGCCGACAGGAGAAAACUCUAAAGCAGACAGCAGCUGAGGUGACAGAGAGAGGUGGCCAGUGUCUCCCUGUGGUCUGUGACUCAUCUAAAGAGGAUGACAUCAAGGAGCUGUUUGAACGUGUCCAGCGUGAGCAGAAUGGCAGGCUUGACAUGUUGGUGAAUAAUGCUUACGCUGGUGUACAGGCUAUUUUCGAUAACAUGAACAAGAAGUUCUGGGAGCAGGAUCCAGAAAUUUGGGACACCAUCAAUAACACUGGACUCAGGGGUCACUAUUUCUGCUCAGUCUAUGCUGCAAGGAUGAUGGUGGCUCAGGGCAAGGGCUUGAUUGUGUUCAUAUCAUCCAUGGGUGGCCUGCGCUAUCUCUUUAAUGUAUCCUAUGGGGUCGGCAAGGCUGCAUGUGACAGAAUGGCAGCGGACAUGGCAAUAGAGCUGAAGAAGAAAGGUGUGAUUUCUGUAAGCCUCUGGCCAGGGGCAGUUCAGACUGAGUUAAUUAGUCAGUAUACAUCUCAGGAUCCCAAAUUCAAGGAAGUUUUCAGUAAGGGUGAAACAACAGAGUUUAGUGGACGAUGCAUAGUUGAGCUGGCCAAAGAUAAAAGUCUGAUGUCCAUGACCGGGCAAGUGUUGAUGACCUGUGACCUGGCUCGGCGCUAUGGACUCAAGGAUGUUGAUGGCCGCAGUGUCGUGGACUACACCUCUAUGAAGUUCAUCCUUUCCCAGGUACCCUACGUGUCCUGGCUCUCCGUAUUGACUCCGUCAUUCAUCAGAGUGCCUCGUUCCAUGCUGAGUCUUGGCAGUGGCAAAUUCUAAAUGCAGAGACAGUGCCUAUUUUUAUAAUCCUGUCUAUUGUUUCUUUACAAUAAUUAAAAUUGCAGUAGCUGAGUCUGGAAGACACUCAUUGCACAAUUCACAUUUACAUUUAGUCAUUUAGCAGACGCCUUUCUCUAAAGCGACUUACAAAUGAGAAUAGUAGAAGCAAUCAAAUCAACAUGAGUACAACAGUAUGUAAGUGCUCUGUCAAGUCACAGUUUCAUCAGUAAAGUGCUCGUAGCAAGGAAUGACAUGGCACUAGCAACGACACAGCACUAAAAUCAAACUAGAAACAACACAAAAACACUUACAGUAUGUAGAUCCUCCUGUUGCUUGACUGCUGCUCUCAUCAGCAUUAUUGUUUUUACAACUCAUUGUUUUCCAGAACAAGAAAAGUAUAUAAUUCCUUUUAAUAUAUACUGGUUUUAACUUGGAAGAGAAUAAUUAUAAAUGAAUGUACACUUCCCAUACAAUAAAUACUGACAUUUUA